AUGGUGGGGGUUCCGACCCUUAGUUGGUUUUUGUUAUUGAUGAAUCCAUCCUUCUUGGAGAAGUUUGAGAAUUUCAAUUCAGACUCAUCAAUCGGGUUUUACUGCUCAUUGAUUAAAGGACUUUUUGGUGAACUUAUGGAUAUUUUGCAUAAUUUAGAAUUUGAUAUUGAUAAUGUAAGAGGUCAAGUCUAUGAUAAUGGUGCUAACUUAAAAGGAAAACAUAAAGAAGUUCAAAAUAGACUACUACAACUAAAUCUUAGAGCAUUAUACAGUCCUUGUGGGUGCCAUAAUCUUUAUCUUGCACUUUGUGAUAUGACCACUUGUUGUUCAAAAGCUAAAUAUUUCUUUGGGGUGGUGUUACUUCUAAGGGAACUAAUAUCUGCAAAAUUUAGAAGAGCAAUUGAUGUGUUGGAUUACAUUAAAAGAAUGAAUUGUUGGUCUGCAAAUACUUGGAUUAUUUAUAGAGUAUUAUUGACUAUUCCUGUCACAGGAGCCUCAGCUGGAAGAAUAUUUUCAAAGUUGAAGUUGAUUAAGUUUUAUCUUUGA